CUAUCUAGAGAAAGAUAUCUAGGGUGAAAAUUUAGACGCGCUGAUUGGAUCCAGAGAUCUUUCGAUAGCCAAUCAACAAGUCCGAUGAAACUCAUAAAGUUGUCCAAUAUGUGUACAUCUUAUCUUUCUUUGCCCUUUUCAUCGUUUGAUUCGUCAAAAAUGAGUUCACAUGGGAAAGCGGAAACCGACAGACUAAAGAAAAAUUUGGAAGAGCAAUUAGAUCGACUUGUACAACAGUUGGAAGAUUUGGAAGAAUGCAGGGCUACUUUAGACGAAACAGAUUAUCUGGAAUGUAAGGAAGAUACUAUGGAACAACUCCGUGAGUUCAAUGAAAGCCUGCAAAGAAUGAUAUCUGGAAAUAUGACUUUAGUUAAUGAACUUGGAGCGAUGCAAUUGGCCACUCAAGCAGCUAUUAGUGCAGCCUUCCAAACACCAGCUGUCAUAAGAAUGUUUGGUAAACGUGAGCCAGCUGGACUUAAAGAACGUCUAUCACAAAUUGAUCGUGACGAAAAACUGGGAAAAUUGAACAAAGAAGUUGCUGAUUGCCAACGUAAGGAAAUAUUAAGCGCUUUGAGGCAACUUGGAGAAAAAUUAGAACCACCUUUAUUACAAUUGUUAGAACGAUUAUCGUUAGAUAGUGUAGAUACCACCAGAUAUGUGCAAGUUACUGAAACAAAGGAAAAGGGUAAAAUGGCUUUAGAUGUAGUGGGCAAGGAAGUCAGAGCUACGCAAGAUCUAAGUUAGAACCAUGUGACUGUGAUGUCACAAUGCCAUCCUUACAAUUCGCUAUAUUUAAAUAUAUUGGUAUAUUUUUAAAGCUUCCUUAAUGAAUAAUAAAAUUCAUACGAUAUGGUCUUA